AUGCGGUCAGCGCUCUUACUGGUUGGAGACACAGACACAUUUGGCUCAGCACCACUGGAAACAGGGUCAAGGGACACAGCAUCAGGGCACACUGGACCAGGAAAUAUCAGGGGACAUCAGGAGACACCAGGAGACAUCAGGUGGGCAUCAGGGGACACCAGGAGACAUCAGGUGGGCAUCAGGGGACCCCAGGAAACACUAGGGGAACAUCAGGGGACACCAGGAGACACUAGGGGAACAUCAGGUGGGCAUCAGGAGACACCAGGAAACACUAGGGGAACACCAGGAAACACCAGGAGGGCAUCAGGGGACACCAGGAGACACCAGGGGAGCCCAGGGUCACCAGUAGACACUAAGGGAACAUCGGGGGCACCAGGAGACAUCAGAUGGGCAUCAGGGGACACCGGGAGACAUCAGGGGACACCAGGAGACACCAGGAGACAGCAGGUGGGCAUCAGGGGACACCAGGAGACAUCAGGUGGGCAUCAUGGGACACCAGGAGACAUCAGGAGGGCAUCGCAGGACACCAGAAGACAUCAGGAGACAGCAGGUGGGCAUCAGGGGACACCAGGAGACAUCAGGUGGGCAUCAUGGGACACCAGGAGACAUCAGGAGGGCAUCGGAGGACACCAGAAGACAUCAGGGGACACCAGGGGAAAUCAGGGGACAUCAGGUGGGCAUCAGGUGGGCAUCAGGAGACACCAGGAGACAUCAGGUGGGAAUCAGGGGACACCAGGAGAUAUCAGGUGGGCAUCAGGGGACACCAGGAGACACCAGGUGGGCAUCAGGGGACACCAGGAGACAUCAGGUGGGCAUCAGGGGACACCAGGAGACAUCAGUUGGGCAUCAGGGGACACCAGGAGACAUCAGGGGACAAUAGGAUAUAGCAGGAGACAUCCGUUGGGCAUCAGGGGACAUCAGGAGACACCAGGAGACAUCAGGUGGGCAUCAGGGGACACCAGGAGACACCAUGGGGCAUCAGGAGACAUCAGGUGGGCAUCAGGUGGGCAUCAGGGGACAUCAGGAGACACCAGGGUACAUCAGGUGGGCAUCAGGGGACACCAGGAGACACCAUGGGGCAUCAGGAGACAUCAGGUGGGCAUCAGGGGACAUCAGGAGACACCAGGAGACAUCAGGUGGGCAUCAGGGGACACUAGGAGACACCAUGGGGCAUCAGGAGACAUCAGGUGGGCAUCAGGUGGGCAUCAGGGGACACCAGGAGACACCAGAAGACAUCAGGUGGGCAUCAGGGGACAUCAGGAGACACCAGGGUACAUCAGGAGUAUCUGA